AUGGCUGGUGCUCAAGAUGAUAACAGACAGCACUUCAAAAAACAACCAAACAGACAAGAUUACAAUGCUAAUUCCAAGCGAAAAAAUUCUUUCGCGGGUAAAAAUAAAGACUUUCACAAUAAUACUCUACCACCAGCUUCAGUUUCAGUUACUCCUCCACCAACAACCCCAACUUCAACCUCUUCCAAUACGUCAUUUGCUGGUCCUGGACCAGCUUUACCUAGUUUGAAACCAGCCCCAGAACACGUUCCUGUUAAUCAUUUUAACUCUCAGGAAAUUUCAAAUUAUUUGAAUAAUACCUGGAAAGAAACAUUGGAUCGAUAUCAUGAUAUUAAUCUUCCCGAAGUUGAAAAACCAGAGAUGUAUAAAUCCACUGAAAAGGCAUGGGUAGCUAGAAGUGGACCUGUCUGGGGGAUCAAAGGAAAUUUAAUGGCGAACGGCAAUGAUUUCUUUGCCGAAUUGAGAAAACCUCCGCUCGCUCAAGUAUCAACCGCCCAGCCGGCGACAGCCAAGUAA